AUGGUUGAUUACGCCUUUCAACAAGCAGAUACAAACAGAGAUGGACGAAUUAAUCUAGGAGAAUUCCGUAGUUUUGUUGGUUCAGGUCUUGGCGGUAGUGCAGGUUACGGCUCAAGUGGAUUUGCAGAUGGAGGCUACGGCGGAGCAUCAAGCUACGAAUCUUCUUCGAGCUACGGAAGUGGAGGAUAUGGCGGUGCAGGAUACGGAGGUGCAUCCUACGAAAGUUAUGGUGCAAGCGGUUAUGGUGCUGAUGCUGGUUUAGCAGGUGGUUAUU